AUGCAUAUUCUCGUAGUAAAUGACGAUGGACCUCCGUCGAAUAAAUCCUCUCCCUAUGUCCACUCCCUCGUUCAAACUCUCCAAGCUGCCGGUCACACUGUUUCCGUCGUUCUUCCCCAUACACAACGCUCAUGGAUUGGUAAAGCGCACAUGGUUGGUCAAACCGUCAAGCCCACCUAUUUCCGACCUGGAACCCUUCAUGAGGAUGACGGUACAACACAUGCUCGCCCCUCCAGCGACAAUACAGAAGAAUGGGUAUUAGUAGAUGGCACACCAGCAUCGUGCGUACAAAUUGGUCUAUACCAUUAUUUUCAAGAUAGGGGACCAGUGGAUUUAGUGGUUAGUGGACCGAAUUAUGGGAGAAAUAGCACGGCUGUUUUUAGUCUGAGUAGUGGAACAAUUGGGGGCGCGAUGGAGGCGGCAGUUUGUAAGAGGAAGGCUAUCGCGUUGAGUUAUGCCUUUUUUACGAGGAAUCAUGAUCCAGAAAUUAUUGGGGGUGCGAGUAGGAUUGGUGUGAAGAUCAUUGAGUAUUUGUAUAAUAAUUGGGGUGAGGGAGUGGAUUUAUAUACGGUUAAUGUUCCCUUGGUAGAAGGAGUAGAGGAGAGGAAAGUUUUGUGGACCAAUAUGUUGCAGAAUUAUUGGGGUCAAGGAAGUUGUUUCGAGGAGGUCGAUGGAAAGGAUGAGGAUGCUGACGAAGAAGAAGAGAAAAUUAGAGAAAAGGAAGGUCAACAAGGCGAGCGAGAGGAGAAAAAGGUUGCUGGACACACACAUAAGCAUUUCAAGUGGGCGCCAAGGUUUACAGAUGUCUACAAGAGUGUAGAAGAAGCUGGACCUGGUAAUGAUGGUUGGGCUGUUAAGGAGGGUUAUACAAGCGUCACACCACUAAAAGCAAAUUUCAUGCAUGCUAGUGCGCCGACACAGGGAGAGUUGAAGUUAGCACCUCUGACCAGUCCUUUCGCCAGACCAUCUUCAGAUCCAAUUUCAUCAAUAUCAAAUCUUUCUCUUAAAGAACAAACAAAGUCAAACCAGCCCCAUUUCUACGCCUACAUCGACUACGAGGAUCCUUACGUCCAACCACUAAUCCUUUCGGCUCUGAAACAGUUCCCUCAAUCUUCAUAUACACUUAUCUCAUCUCCAUCCGAUCUACCAACCCCAGAAUCACCAUAUCUUCAUAUCUCAUCCUAUGAAACGAUUCCCUUUGAUGAAAUUACAUCAAAACCCACAACCUCCUUGACAAACGCCUAUGUCAUCCGGAAAGCCCUCAUUCGUAAGCAUUAUUUGAGUGAAACAUCUCAUAUAUGGUGUGUUAAGAACCCAGAAUCUAUUCUCAAAACGAACAUUAAACGUGCAGAACAUUUCGAGGUUGAUUAUGCCGAGUUCUUGGAUGAUGCUAUUGUGGAGUGUUGGGAUUUGAAGGAGAGUUUUGCAAGAAAUGAAAAGGUUGAUGAGGAUGGUGGUAAAACCGAAGACAGAGACUGGUGGAUUUUGAAACCAGGGAUGAGUGAUAGAGGACAGGGUAUUAGGUUGUUUUCAUCUUAUGAGGAGCUCGUUGCUAUUUUCGAAGGUUGGGAAGAAGAUGCACCAGAUUCGGAUGAAGAGGAUGAAGAAACCCAGAAAGAAGAAGAUGAAGAAGAGAAAGACUACAUUCAAACAUCCCAUCUCCGCCAUUUCCUCGCGCAACCAUAUAUCCAUCCACCACUUCUCCUCUCUCCAGAAUCCGAUACUAUUGCACCUACAAACACCAAAUUUCACAUCAGAACCUACGUUCUAGCUUCCGGCGCCUUGGAUAUCUACGUCUACAAACCCAUGCUCGCACUCUUCGCUAGUUCCGCUUACAUUCCUCCUUGGGAUUCCUCAACUUCCUCAUCUGGAGCCAUAGAUCUCAACCCCCAUCUAACAAAUACCUGCAUCCAAACCUCAGAAUCGAAGAAAAACGCCGUGCAUCUACUUUCUUCCCUCCCUUUCCCCACUUCUCUCCACCAGAAAAUCCAAGAUCAAAUUUUCAAAUUGACGAGCGAGAUUUUUGUGGCGGCGGCUAAGGAAAUGAGUAUUCAUUUUCAACCAUUACCAAAUGCGUUUGAGACGUUUGGAUUGGAUUUUUUGGUUGAUAUGCAGGGAAAUACUUGGUUGUUGGAGGUUAAUGCGUUUCCGGAUUUUGCGCAGAGUGGGGUUGAGUGUAAGGGUGUGGUGGAGGGGUUUUGGAGGGAGCUUGUUGGGUUGAUGGUUAUGGGGUUUUUUGGGGUGGAGGGGAAUGAAGGAUGUGUGGAGGAGGGGAAUUUGGUGAGGGUUGGGGGUGUGGAUUUGGGGAGGAGAUGA